AUGAAUUAUGGUAUCUUAUACAGUGUGAUUUUCGCUGUAUUAGAAGGAUACAAUGAUGCUAACUGGAUUUCAUAUUCAGAUGAGAUAAAAUCCACUAGUGGUUAUAUAUUCACUCUAGGAGGUGAUGCAAUUACAUGGAAAUCAACUAAACAAAAUAUCAUUGCUAAAUUCACUAUGGAGUCAGAGUUUAUUGCUCUGAAAUUAGUUGGAACUGAAGCUGAACCCCAAUUUCUCUCAAUUCCAUCUUCUAUAUAUAUCCAACAUGAGUUGCUUCAAAUUUCUAAAACCCACAAAAAUUCCAUUCCCACCUCUGGAAAUACAUUCAAAAAUUUUAAGAAAAAUUUUAAUUUGUUGCCAGCUUCAUAUAACAAGUUCCUGUUCAGCUUAUACCCAAAAACAACUACCAAGAGCAGCAAUAAUUUCAAGAUUUUUUCCUCUAUCAGAAUUGUCAUGUCUACAUCUAAUCAAUCCCCUGGUUUUAAUAGACCCAGAUUGGUCACCAAGAAAGUUUUAGCCACCCCCCAAUACGAAGGUGAUGGUGCUGUUGUUAGAAGAGGCAUUGGAAGGAGUGAGCUAAGGUUCUUGGAUCCUUUUCUUAUGUUGGAUGAUUUUUCAGUGACUCCUCCUGCUGGAUUUCCUGAUCACCCGCAUAGAGGUUUUGAGACUGUUACAUAUAUGCUUCAGGGAGGGAUCACUCAUCAAGAUUUUGCAGGGCAUAAGGGAACAAUUUACACUGGAGAUGUUCAGUGGAUGACUGCUGGAAGAGGGAUUAUCCAUUCAGAAAUGCCUGCAGGAGAAGGAACACACAAGGGCUUGCAGCUUUGGAUAAAUCUAUCUUCUGAAGAAAAGAUGAUCAAACCGAGAUAUCAAGAACUUUUAAGUGAUGACAUCCCAAGGGCAGAAAAAGAUGGGGCUGAAGUCCGAGUUAUAGCAGGAGAAUCAAUGGGAGUUAGAUCACCAGUAUACACAAGAACACCAACAAUGUAUCUGGAUUUCAUUCUGAAACCAAAAUCUCAAGUGCAUCAAAGCAUUCCAGAAUCAUGGAAUGCAUUUGUUUAUGUUAUUGAAGGUGAAGGCAACUUCGGAUUGCGAAACUCUUCACAAGCAACUGCUCACCAUGUUCUGGUUUUGGGUACUGGAGAUGGUUUAAGUGUGUGGAAUAGAUCUUCCAAGCCAUUAAGAUUUGUACUAAUUGCAGGCCAACCAAUCAAUGAAACUGUUGUUCAGCAUGGACCUUUUGUGAUGAACACACAGGCUGAAAUUGAACAAACUAUUGAGGAUUACCACUAUUGCAAAAAUGGGUUUGAAAUGGCUAAGUAUUGGAGUUCUCAAUAAGGAAAAAAAGCUUUCAAAUCUUGAAAGCACAUUGUAACCAUUAGAAGAAAACAGAAAGUUCAGAUGAAAUAAAAGGAGUGUUAUUGCUAUUUUAAAUUCUUAAUCAGUCUCUAUCAGUCAAUAUCUACACUUAUGUAUGAGCAAUCAAAUGGAAGCUGAAAAGGAGGUUUUGGUUACUGAUUGGAGAAACAGCUUCUAGAAGAUCCAAAAGUGAGCUUCCAGAAGUUAUGGUGGGUCAGCUUAAUCUUAGUUGAUCUCUCUCUGUCUCUUUUAAAAGCUUCCUCAACUAGAUAAAUUUUGUGGUAGGUGAUGAUUAAAUUUUAGUAAUUAUUUAUUUCCCCUUGAGGAUUGUUUUGA